GACGAAACGCCCCACAGCUUGCCAGACCCUGCUCACUCAAAGGCGCGCGAGGAGAGAAGCUCAGGUGUUUUCCUUAUUUGGGUGAUUUUUUUUAAAAUAACUUUGGCCCAGGCCAAAUACUUGAUGGACUACAUGGAGAGCGGAUCCAGAUACACACCAAAGAUGGACAAAGAGUUUGAGGCAUCUGUGCAGUUCCUGCCAGCAUCAGAUCCCAAAAAAGUGGAGAAGAGCAAAGGUCCGGGGAGAACGGGAGCUGUGAUCGGGGUGUUGAUCUUUGCAGCCGUUCUCGCGCUCAUGACCGGACUGCUCAUCUGGCAUUUCCACUUUCGGAAAAACGAUUGGGCCAAAAAGAUGUACAGCGGCUCCUUGAAGAUCACCGACCAGACGUUCCAGAAUGCCUACGAGGACUCCAACACAACAGAGUUCCAGGCACUGGCCAAGCAGGUGCUUGUGGAGCUCAAAUCCAUUUACUCCAAUAUUUCACCACUGAAGAAGUACUAUGUUGGCUCCACGGUUCAGGCUUUCAGCGAAGGCAGUGUUGUCGCCUACUACAUGUCAGAGUUUCGAGUCCCCGUGGGCCAAGAGGCGUCUGUAGACCAAGCCAUGGCUGAACUACAAAAUGUAUUUGCCAAAAGGAUCAUGCCAAAUCCUGCCCUUAGAGUGAAAGACGUCACAACGUCGGUAACCGAUGCUCGCAUGUUUUCAACAUCUUAUCGGAGAAAUUUGAAAUUUUCAAAACACUUGCGCCCUAAUAAAGUUGAAGUUAUUGAGUCACCUGGUUUCCCCAACACUCCGUACACCCCCAACACCUUCAUCCAGUGGCAGCUGCGAGCGGACCCCGACCACGUUAUCCAGAUUGACUUCAGUAACAUUGUUCUAGAAGACAACUGCAAUAACGACCUUUUGAAAAUCUACGACUCCUUGGUGCCUAUGGAGAGCCGCGUUAUGGAGGAGUUGUGUGGAUGCCACGCGCCCAGUAAACCACUGAAGUUGAUGUCUUCUCAAAAUGUCAUGUUGGUGACAAUGUUCACAAAUGAAGAGUUAAACUUUCCAGGCUUUCGGGCGCAACUCUCACAAAUUCCACGAGCAAGUGCAAAAAGUUGUGGCGGUAAGCUGUUGGGUACACAAGGAAGCUUCCAGAGUCCAAACUUCCCAAAUUACUAUCUCCCUGAAACUGACUGUACCUGGGAGAUCCAGGUCCCAGUCGGUAAAGUUGUGAAGGUGACAUUUCAGUUGUUACUCCUGGCUGAGCCUGGCCAGGAAGAUGGCAAAAACUGUAAAAAGGACUAUGUGAUGAUCAAUAAUAAGAAACUUUGUGGGGAAUACAAUAAUGGAGCACUAACAGAAACCAGCAGGACCAACACCAUGACGGUGAUGUUGCACUCCGACAGCUCCUACGUGGAUCGUGGUUUCCAAGCAGACUAUGAGGCCGUUGACAGUAGUGACCCUUGUCCGGAUAUGUUCCAGUGCAAAAAUCUUAAUUGCAUCAAGCUCAAUCUGAAGUGCGAUGGUUGGAAUGAUUGUGGAGACCUGAGCGAUGAGUUAAACUGCAAGUGUGAUUCAAACAGCAUUACCUGCAAAAACGGAUUGUGCAAGUCCAUGUUCUGGAAAUGUGACGGUGUGAACGACUGUGGAGACAACACGGACGAGGAGGGCUGUGGAUGUAAGGCUGGACAAUUCGCCUGUGAGAACAGCAAAUGUGUCUCUGAGAAAAACAAAUGUGACGGAAAAGAUGACUGUGGAGAUGGGUCAGAUGAGCUUGGCUGUACCAAAAACACGGAUGUUACCUGCACUUCCCUCACAUACAAAUGCAACAACAACAAAUGCAUCAGUAAAGUGAACCCGGAGUGUGACGGGACACCUGACUGUGAAGAUAAUUCCGAUGAGGAAAACUGCGACUGUGGGAAGAAAAGGUUCAGUCGUAACCGUAUUGUGGGUGGACAGGAUGCAGAGGAUGGGGAGUUUCCAUGGCAAGUCAGCCUCCACGCCAAGCCUUACACUCACGUGUGUGGAGCAUCCAUCAUCAGCCCAACAUGGCUGGUCACUGCUGCUCACUGUGUGCAGGACGAAGGCAGUCUAAGACUCUCGCAGGCCAGUGCCUGGGAUGCUUACCUUGGCCUUCACACCCAAGACAAGAUCAAUAGUCCUACUGUGGUGAAGAGGAAACUGAAGCAGAUCAUACCCCACCCUUAUUACAACACAUACACCUUUGACAACGAUAUUGCUCUGAUGGAGCUGGAUAGUCCCGUCACAUACACUGAUUACAUCAAACCCAUCUGCUUGCCGGCUCCUCAGCAUGACUUCAAGACCGGUAACGGCGUGUGGAUCUCAGGAUGGGGAGCCACGCGGGAAGGAGGAUCCGCUGCAACAGUUCUCCAGAAGGCCGAGGUCCGGAUUAUAAACAGUACAGUGUGCAACACCUUAAUGAAAGGGCAGCUCACGUCCCAGAUGAUGUGUGCAGGAGUCCUGGCUGGAGGAAUUGAUGCUUGUCAGGGAGAUUCUGGCGGUCCUCUGUCCAGUCCGGAAAGCGACCGAAUGUUCCUGGCAGGAGUGGUCAGCUGGGGUGACGGCUGCGCUCGCAGGGACAAACCAGGAAUCUACACCAGAGUCACCAAAUUCCGAGGCUGGAUCAAAGAGAAGACGAAGGUUUAAUUCACUGGAAACUGGUCAAACCGAGUCAAGGGAUAUAAACUGAGAUUUGGAUUAUUGCUUCAUUUAGAUGCCACUCUGACUGACCGGCCAGUGGAUUUGGUGGACUUAAUCAUUUGCUGUAAUUUCAGCUGAGAAUGCACUCGAUGCUUGAACAUGAACUGCUGCGAGUUUUAGGCUCACCAUGAUAUUAAGAGGAUGGGGGGGGUGGAUUUAAUGUUUUUAAAUGUAAAUAAAUGUUUUAUUUUUGUGUUUUAUUUUAUCUUAUUUUAUUUGAGAACAAAGAUUUGAAAAUUUUUAGGUUUAAUUGUUACACGUGCACAUGAAAUGUGGCCACUCAUUGAGCUUUUUAUCUUUUUUCACUGUGGUUUGUUGCGUCUCUUUGUUACAAAUGGUGUCAAUCAAAAGCAAAAUGACAGUAAGCUCAUUCCAUUUCACCUCCUAUGGAUUGGUAUUUAAAAGCAUCCUUUAAAAUAAAUGGUGAUUUUUCAUUUUUUAAUGAGUUGCCAUUGUGGAUGCAUUUUUAUUUCCACACAUUUUAUCUGCAAUUUGUGAGCUUGAAGCUAAUUAAAUUGCUGAGGGAAUGUGGCUGUUUAAUAGCUAAUAAAUUUGUGUAAAUCUGAAUUGGCCUAUCUCUAUUUUUAGCAGGAUUUUGUGGAUAGAUGCUGAUUAAAUUCCAUAAGAGUUGAUUUUUGUGAUCCAAUAAAACAUUUUGCACCCUU